AUGGGCACUCGUGGCGAUGUGGUUGAUGUCAUUAAUUUCGGUGACGAGAACUUCCUCAACGAAAGCCGCCAGGCCUAUGGUCUGACGGACGGACGGCCUCGACCCUCGAUUACAGCAAAUAUGGCCGCCGCCCCUUGGUUGCCUUCAAGCGGACCCGUCCGACUGUCUGGUGACAUCGCCGCCCUUGCCACCGUGACGCAACAAGAUGCUCGAAUGGCGGAGCGUCUUCUCAAGGCGUCUCUCAAAGCGGCCAAGGUUGAGACUCGACGUCAUGCCAGCCAGCUGGAGGCGCGUGGUCGUCUCGUGGCCAAUGAUCCAGUCACCGUGCUGCUGGACGCCGCCGAUCUGGAAGAACUGUUCGAAGAGGACGAAGACGAGGUGGACGAGGACGACUUUGACAUUCCCAUCGAGCCGUCUGACGAGGUGAUAGCAGCGCUCGCUGCCGCUGCCGUCCGAGAGCGCACCAGCUCAACAUCCGAGCGCCUGGAAGCGGAGGUCGGUGGCUCCAUGUUGACGACGGCAACGACGAUGCCAGCUGCCUCAGUGGCAGAUGGCGCGGGAGAAGAGGAUAACGGUCGGGUGGUACAGAAGACUUCGGACGGAGGGGCAGUACUGCGCACGGGUGGCUCGGUUUCGGCGUUCACAUUCGACUUUGCCGCGAUCCCUGAAGAGGACGAAGAGGACGGUGAAGAGCAUCCCGACGCCAUUGCAACUGGCCAGGCUUCGAAGCCUGCCGAACCGCCGGUCGCCAAGCCCGAGUCUCCAUCGGGUCCGAGUGGAGCUGCCGCGGCUGGCAUGAAAACGGCCACAGAUGCGUCGAGUCUCGAGGCGAGUCAACCAGUCGGGCUGAGUCUGGUGCCGGUAAGAAGAGCACCGUCACGAGUGUCACGUACUUCAUCGCUGGGACCGCGCAGCUACAUCAGUCGGUAUCGCGCUUCUCUCGUCGGAGCACCAAGUAUACGAUCCAGCCUGACAAGCCGACCGUCCACGGUGGUACUGGCCACCCGGGACCAGGGUCAGGCGGCCCAAUUGGCUACUAAGGCGUUGCGCGAGCAGCGCCGACAUUUCCAGGUCUCGGCUCUCUGUUGUGCUCAUCUGCUGCACCAGACGCUGUACGGAGAGCCGGCACUAUGGCUGCUCAAUCUCUCCAACAUUCUCACCUAUUUCUCCGUCUCUGUGUGCAUCUGCUUUCUGCCCAGCUACGGCGUCAGUUUAGGCCUGUCCGAUUCACAGGCCUCGCAACUCCUUAGCUACAUGGGCAUCACAAUGUGCAUGGGCCGAAUCACAUGUGGCCUAUUGGCCCAGUUUGUGCCGGUGUUCAGCGGUCUCGCAAUCAGCGUGACCGCCGGUCUAUGCCUCGUCGGCUUGAGUUGUCUACUGCCAUUUAUGCAAAAUUUUGUCGGACUUUCAAUCUACGCCCUGACCACGGGAGUCCUCAUCUCACCUUUUGUUGCGCUCAUCUCGAAUGUCAUCGAGGAGACGAUGGGCGCCGGUAGCCUUACACGCACGUACGGAUCUGUCUUGGCGGCCCAAUCAGUCGGUUACCUGAUCGGCGGUCCGAUGGCAGGUAACGAGUCUUAUGUGGACUGGCAUUAA